CAUCAACUCCACAGUCUUUCUUCACUAUCAGUCAACCUCCGCCAAAGUAGGGACAGAAUAAAGGCAUCAAAGCGUGCAACGCUUCUUUAUCCCAGAAACUUAGUAGCAAUGUGGAUCUCGGAAUUUAUCUCAAUCUAUGGCCUCUACAUGGCAAGAUCGGACUGACCGAUUGUACUACUACUACUAUCUCUCUAUCGUGUUGAAACCUCAACGUUCAAGAUGUCCUCCAUCUACGGCACUUACAAAGGAUGGUAUCUCCCAGGAUUCGAAUCGGACGAGUCACUGGAGCACAAAAAGAUCGAGCAGCAGAUGGACGAGACGGAGACAUCUACCUCAAACGAAGAAGCCUGCGCAUUCAGGUACACCGGGCAGACGGUAAACAAAGCGUUCGUUGGGAAGGUGACGCAGCUUCUGGUGGGCAAUGGAAUCCCCAACUUUCUCUUUGGUGACAUGAUGUUCCGUUUCUUUGGAUGUGAGACUGACGUGCUCAGCAUCAAUCUCUCGAUUCCAGAUGAGCUCAUGGACGAGGCGGCCCGAGUCUUGCGCCAGGCAGGCUUUUACGACGGUCCCGUCGAGCCCUUCGAAGUCGAGGAAGCCCAGUGUGUCCAGGAGUUCCAGACUCGCCAGGACCAGCAGCCUUUCCUGGCCUGGGGGUGCCGAUAUCUUGAUGACCACGAGUACCACCGAAGCUUUGGAGCUUGGUGGCUGCCUACGCAUGUGUUCCAUCUCAAUCAAACGCCGGGCAAGCUAGGUCACGUUGAUCUCAGCCUCUUCACACACUCGCACUACUUCUGGGACCUACCGGCUCCUACACUGGCUCCCGAUGAGGAUGCCCAAAGCUCCUACGUUCUGUCCAAGGACCGCCGUCUUCCAGAACCGGUCUGCUUUGGGCCCGGUCGCCAUGCGGUCAAGAUGAUUUUACCUGCGUGCCUAGUUGAGGCUCUGAUCCUCCUCGCCUACCGAGAUAUACAUGUACCGUCGCAGAUAACGUUCAGCGACUGGCACGACGACCUUUUCGUGAUCUUCAAGAUGGUCAGCGGAUGGGAAUGGCCCGAGGACGACCCUACCUUCGAUGGUUACAGCCAGUUCACCAAAGCCGAUCCCCAUGGGUGGCAGUUUUCCUUGGACGGCCAGCGCCUCCGCAUGCGAAGCAAGGUGACGGGUUUGGAUCCGAGAUGGCUCCGACUGGCAGCCUUUCAGCCACUGUUUCAGAAAUACUUCGAAGAUCUGUUCGAGACCGUGCACCUACCCCGCGAAUCCUACCUACGCACGCCGUCACCUGAAAAUACACUGAGCGAAGAAGAACAAAGAAAGGAAUUUGCAGAAUGGGACAAAUUGAUCGAGAACGAAGAGGAACUCGCAGAAUGGGAGAAGCGGAUUCAGUAG